GAACGAGUGGUGAGCGCAGGAAGGCGCUUGCUCUGUGGUCGCGAGCGUCCUGCUGAGUCAAUCACACGCCCAGCCCAUCAAACGCGGUGCAGCCCGGACCUAGCGCAGUGGUGGUCACUGCUCUCACUGCCUCAGCCCCAGACGUGGGAGCGCUCAGGCACGCGGCAGCUUGCUUGGAGGGGCCCAGUGAACCAGGAUGAAGUCGUGGCUCGUGGCUGCUCUGCUGCUGCUCCUGAUGGCAGGCGAAGCAGAGGCGCUGGUGGAGCCUGAGCUGUGCUAUGUCCUGGACGCGGUCCUGUUCGUCUAUGGCAUUGUUCUCACCAUCCUGUACUGCCGCCUGAAGAUGCAGGUUCGAAAGUUGCCAAAAGUGGAUCCCAGCGCAGUCUAUGAGACAAAAGGGGAAGCGAUCUAUACUGGGCUGACCACUCGGGAUCAGGAGACCUACGAAACCCUGGAGCCCAAGGGCCAUUAGGGUUCCCAGCAGUAGCCACUGGUGCAGCCUCUACAAAAGGAUGUGUCCUGUUGGGAAUUUAUAUGAUCUCCAUCCCAGCCCUCAAAAGAAAACUGUUGCUGAAAUCAAUGGCCCCCGUUGCCCCCAUGCUGACAUGUCAGGGAGAGGCUGCAUCCCUCCUGGGAUCCCUGGAAGAUGAACAUCCCGACCUGCACAUCACUCCACUACUCUGCAGCUGCUGACUCAGUUUUCCCUGUCCCGCCUCUCUUGUGUUUCCAGUGCAGAAGAUACAUAGGUGUGCUCCCCUAAUCCUCUGUGCUUCUCAUCAGUGCUUCGCAGAGAGUCUCCACUAAAUGCAGGGAUGGACUUUCCUCCAACAGCAACACCCUGUGUACCCGCAGUGAAGAGGUAUCACAUAAACACCUCCUCAGUGCCACUCUGAAAAUGAGGGGCCAGUAAAAUGGUAGCAGUUGUCCUUGGUAGCAGUGGAUGUUCCCUACCGGAUGCUUGCAGGUCACGGAGGUUUCCAACUUAAUUUGAUCAUGUGCCUUGUGUUUCUUUGCUGCAUAGUGGUGACCGUGCUGAAGCAUCUCCAUUUCUGCAGGCAGACUUAGCAAUAUGCCCACCACCUGCUCCAUUCAGGAGAGUGAUUAGCAGCAAGAUUCCCUAUCCCUUGAUUGCUAUUUCCCUGGCCUAGCUGGUAUUUUUACCACAAUGCUGGUUGCUGUUAGCAGUGAUGGAGAGAUGGGUAUUUUAGAACAUUUAUCUUAGCGGACCCGAUUGAUCUCACAGUGGGGCAGAGACAGAGAGAAGCUCAGGUGGGUCUCAGAGGAAAAGCAGGCCCUAGGUUCCUCUUUUACCCUCCAGCCUGUCCUCACUGGACCCAGGCCCAGUAAGCAGCAUGAGACAAGAAGUGACGGGGCCAGGGACUGCACCACACUCUAGUGACGGGGGAAAAGAGAAGGUGAGAAGCAAAAUGUUUGCAAUCAUGGAUUGGUUCCAGAAUCAAGGUGCGCUCAGACUGCACUGAGCUUUUGCCAGUUCAAAUCCAGUCCAGGCUGGAGGUGCCCAAGCCGUGGUUGCCUGAUGCUUACUGAAUAAUCCAUGGGAAAUGGAUUGGUGGGUUUCACGCCAGGUCCUGAUGGCCUGUGCUAACAGUGUGAAAAACUCCAUCCCCUGCUCCCAUCUGUCCCUGCCCAAACUCCAGCAGAGAGCAGAGGUAUGUGUUUCUGCCACUGCUGCCCUAUCUGGGGGCUGGAGGGCUCUGCUCCCCCAAGCUGGCAGAAGAGCACUUUAGGAGCACUGAACAGAGAUGACAGUUUUCAGAAACUCUUUACAAAUGUAGGCCCGAUUUGGUGCAAUUCUGAACCUCAGGGCUUCACCCUUACAUAUUCCUACCUUCUUGACUUAGCUGCCAACUCCCAAGUUCAAGGUUUGAUACUUUCCCUGGAGGAUUUGCUGUCAUCUUUAGUAGGCCACACCUGGUGAGGGGGUGCAGGAGAGCGCAGCAUUUGGUAUAAGGACUCGCAUGAAGGAAAGACACAACCAUGACCUCAGAGCUUUGCAAGUAGGAAGAAGAGGAAACCUUUGCACAUACUUCACUUUCAAAUGUAAAGUCAUUUGGGGGCACAUCCUAGGAGAAGGGGGACAGUCACCCUGCUAUAAAGUGCAGUUGCAGCUGGGAUCCGAGGUAAAAUAUUUUCACCAGAGCAAUGUAAGGGGGCUGGGCUAGAUGACUUCUGGAGGUCCUUUCCAGGUCUACUUCUCUAUGAUUCAGUAAGCCACUAGCACAAUUACUGUGGACAAGGGAUUUUGUAUCAUGGGGUGGGUGUUUAAUAAGAGCAUCUACUGGCAAGAGCAAUUUCUGACCUCCAGAGCCAUCAGAGAAAGGCUUUUUGUGCUUAUACCAGAGUGCUGCUCCCCAGCCACUUGCUCAUAAAUGUUUGUGGCCUCUGAUCUUGAUCUGUGCAUCGCUCCUUCACUGUCAAACACCGGCCACCAGAAACAGCAGCGGAAGUGCACUCCUGUUCCUGCUCAUGCUUAGACAAACACAGCAAUGUGCAAGGCUGUUCCCUCUACUCAGAGCCCCAGUGCCUCUUUUUGUCAGUAUAAGCCACUCUAAGGAUAGAGAACUGUUCCUACUGAGUUUGAUCUUUAAGUAAGGGAUUUAAAGUUUUUAAGCUGCCUAGAUUGUGAAAGGAGUUGGAAGCUUGCAUUUGGAUGUGAUGCGGUCAGAGUUAUCCUUGGAGUCUUUAUGACUAAUAUUGCUUUUGCAAUAGUGCUACUUUGGACAAGAUACCACGUCAUUAGGAUUUCAUGUGUGUGGCUGUAGAGUGCUAUAGGAUGUAAUGGAGGAGAAUGCGUUACGUUUAGUGUUGGUCUGAUGAGGACAAUUCCAUGUUGCAAUAACGUCCAAAGGUUUGACAGAUCUGUUUUCUUUCUGCACUGGAACAAAACCGAAACCCUUUGAAUGUUUUUGCAAGCAACAGUGCCAAAAUGCUCAUCAUCAAGUUUUUAGCUCCUCUUCCUCUCCCUUUUUCUCUCAGACUGGACAGCUCACCCUUGCAUGUUACAAACUUUUUUGAAAUCAAUGCGUCACUGCAAAACAUUUUGGCUUCUCUGAAAAUGUGUAUUUCAAUUUUUAAAAGAGCGGAAAAUGUUCUAACCACCUCCUAAAAUACCAGAGUAUGUAUAGUGCUGCAGGCAUUAAGACUUUUUUAAACAUAUGUAAAAUAUACUUGUAUUGGCUUAUGUUCUUUUUUCUCUCAUAAAAAAUUGAUGCUAGGA